AUGACGACUAUAGCAGGAUCUCAUCUGACAAAAGAAGUGAGAGAGAAUGGAAAGUAUUCUCCCCGUACCUACAAGUGCAGCUAUUGCGACAAGGAGUUUCGCUUCAAAAGUAAGCUUAACCAACACCUGCGAACUCACACUGGUGAGAGUCCAUAUCAGUGCGGUGAAUGCGGGAAACGGUUUAGUCAGCAAUCUCAUCUGAAGGGCCACAUGAGAACGCACACAGGUGAGAGACCAUACAGAUGUGAGGCAUGCAGUAAACAAUUCCGUCAGCUGGGUCAUCUAAGGAUGCACAUAAAAAGGGCUCACACUGGUGAAAAACCGUACAAAUGUGGGGAAUGCAGCGGACAGUUCAGUAGUAUGAGCGAGCUUAAGAUACAUAUCCGAACUCACACCGGUGAAAAACCUUACACGUGUGAGGAAUGCAGCAAACGGUUCACUACGUUGUCAAAUCUAAAGAGUCACACUCGGACUCACACUGGGGAGAAGCCGUUCAGGUGUGAAGAGUGCAGUCGGCAGUUCAGUAAGCUGGAGUAUCUGAAAAAGCAUGCGAGGAUUCACGCAGGUGUACGUUGCUGUUAG